ACCGGUGUAGCUACCCCUGAUUAGGCAGGUCCACCCUGAGUUCUGUUCUGUUUCUCUUUACUUUUUUUUUUACCUUUUCUACUUUUUUUUACUUUUUAUUAUCUUAGAGGACCCUCAAUCUCGUGUCUCACUCUUUAUAUUCCAGGUUAUCACCACAAAUAUCCAUAAUUCAUUUCAAUUGCUGAUUUUAUUUUGUAAUGAGGAUAAAUACUCGAUGUCUCGGUUCUUUGGGUAGGUAAGAGAGCCAGGUACAUAGGUUGCAGCCGGAAUGUUACCUGAGUGUACCCCACAUUCAGUGCGUUAUGCACUCCAAGGAGACAACACUGUUUAGUUGUAUUCUUACGUUCGAAAGAGGCAGCUCAUUGUGUGAAGCUGUAUGUCAUUUGUAGGCUGAAGAAAGGGGGGCUUGAGGUUUAGAUCAUGUAGGAUUUCAUAGACGCCCCUUAUUUACAAUAUCCUAUAUCUUGGAUUUCUUGUUGGCAUCAUCCACACGGCAGGUAGGAAUAAACCUACACGAUCUAUCACCAUGCGUAGUCUCGCAAUGCUAGUAGCACAGGCAAGUUUGUCUAUGGCCAAGCCCCUAGCCAACCUUGCUGGGAGUCUUACGAAACCUAUAAACGCCAGCCAACCUCUAGAUGGAUUCAUUAGCUACUCCAUUGAGUUCUCGUCAUUUCCGGAUUUUGCAGGCAACCUAUCGCAUCCUAACGAGUUCUCGAACAACUUACUGAACAAUCUCGCUUCCCUUGCUGGGACUAAGCCGUACAUACGGGUUGGAGGAAAUACUCAAGACUACGCUAUAUACAAUCCUGACUUAGCUGUUGCCCUGAACGGCACUUACAACCUUUCGAGGUCUGCGGACUACCCAACCACCAUCGAAAUCGGGCCUUCGUAUUUCGAGUCGUACCACACUUGGCCAGACGUGAAGUUCUCUCAUGGCUUCAACCUGGGCGGGAACCACGACGACAGGCAAUGGGAGUCGCUCCUGGAGACGGCUGCCGUGGCUUGCAAGGCCAUUGGAAAAGACAGGCUCUACUGGUGGGAAUACGGCAACGAACCUGACCUAUUCACGACGAGCAACCAGGGGCCGGUCAGAUCACCAGAAUACAACGAGUCGGAUUACGUAACGGAGUGGCUAAACGGAACGAGAGCAAUCAGGGACGUAAUUGAGUCGAACUGCCCGGACCUUCUCAGUCACGAUACAUACGGAUACCUGGCCCCUUCGUUUGCCGGCAUUAAUAACCAUCUUAAAUCGUCUGUAACCUGGGCCGACGGCCUUGACAAAGACGAGAGCAUAAAACUCUUCUCUUCCCAUAACUACAUAUCCAGCUCCGACACCCCCGGCGUAACCCUCCAAGGCACCCUAAUGAACCACACACGCACCUCUCUCAGCAUCGCCUCGCACACCGCCGAGAAAGCCGCCCUACACCCAUCCACCCCCUACAUCCUCGGCGAGACCAACUCGCUCUCCAAGCAAGGCCGCCCGGGCCUCUCUAACUCCUUCGGCGCCGCGCUCUGGGCGCUCGACUUCGCCGUGCAAUGCGCCACCACGGCCGCGGGAAUCGAUCGUGUACACUUCCACAUGGGCACUGACUAUAGGUACGCCUCGUGGCAGCCCGUGGAUACGAAUAAGACUGCGCGGGGGACGAAGCCGCCGUAUUAUGGUAAUAUUGCUGCCGCUAUGUUCCUUGUCGGCGGCUCCGCUGGGACGACGGCGACCGUUGUGCCCGUUUCGUUCGAAGCAGACGAUGACGACGAUGCGAGCGGGGAGACAGACGUAGCAUACGCCGCGUACGACACCGCUGGCGCGCUAACGCGCAUCCUGGUGCUGAACCUGCGCGCCUACAACUACACGCUCAACGGCACCGGGGGCCCGGAGCUGGACCCGGCUCCCCGGUCUGUGCGGACGUAUCGGCUCAUCGUCGGUGAUCAGAACGUGGAUGCGGUGGUCCGCAGGCUGCACGCGAACGGUAGCGACGCCGUCACGGGGAUCACGUGGGACGGCUGGAGUUACAAUUACGAGCUUGAUAGGGGGCGGCCGGUGCGCUUGGAUAACGUGACGGUUGGGGAGACGGUGGCGGUUAUUAGUGGCGGGGAGGUGCUAGUUGAUGUUCCGGAUUCCGAGGCCGUGGUGUUGGAUUUUGGGGAUGCGGGGAGGGGAGGGGUCUGGCGGAGGACUGACUGAUGGGACUAAGGUAAGGGGUGCUAUGUAAGGGGGUAGGUUAGGAAGGUAUGUAGACAUGUAUGUAGGUAUGCAUGUGUCUAUAUUGGGGCGAUGGCAUACCCGGCUGGGUGGUACUGGCUAUGAUGCUGAUUAAGUCGACACACGCUGGGAGGCUCACGAGAGCUGAUUGCUUUGCAUCAUAUUUCUGUAUUCACCUGUCUCUAAGCGGGAUAUAUAAGCAGAUUUUAAUUUCAAUAAAUGAGAGAACAAAUAGUAGAAGCCUUAAUUGUGAGAACGCAAAAAGAAAGUACCUAGGUACCUAGGCAGCUAGGGGGACGCAAAAGGGGAACGAGAAAUAUAAAGAACAGAUAAAAAGUAAGAAAAGCAAAAGAAAAAUGCGAAGGGUGCGGAUUUGAACCCUCACCUUCGGGCGUCCCGCAGUGGCGUUCUCUCCGAACCCGCACUUUUUAAGGGACAGCCGCAUGGUGGUG